AUGAUGAUCCGAUUCGUGGUUGUGUUUGCCUCGUUCGCACUUUUGGUACGUUCUCCGAAUUCGCUCUCAUUUUCAGACGUCCUUUUUAUCUGUUUUCAGUGCUCGUGCUCUUCUGAUGACCAACUUCUCACGAAGGAAGGAAGUGGCGUGAACCUUCCGAGAAUCACUGUCGAACUCGUGUCCAACAGGUCGUUCGAUCCGGAAAAGAACGCAUCGAACUUGAAGAUUGUCAAGGAUACGGUAGGCUUUAUCUCAACUGCCAGUGGAGAUAUCAAAAUGUUGUCAACUAACAAGUUGCUCACAUCAAUAUUUUCUACAUUUUAUCACUUGACAACUUUUUGAUAUCUCUUCAGACAACUGAGAUACAUAGUAGUUUAGGUGGACGACUACUCAAAGUCCGAAGGGAUUCGUUACCCGUCGGACAACAUCAAACAAUCCAUAGUGGACCACGGCGGAAAGUUCGCAGUUCUCUUUGAAAUCGACGACGACGCCAAGUGCGAAGAAGUUCGCCGUUUCGUAAAAGGCGCGAAGAAGCACUCGAAUGAACUCGCCUACGCAGUUCUGAAGUGCGACGGCGAAAAAACGGAGGUGCUAUGA